AAAAACAAAACGUCUCUGAUUUUUUGCUGAUCGUCGAACAACAGCAAAAUGAAGAGCUGUUGGCUAGUAAUGAUCGUUGUUGUCGUGAGUAUCAACUGUCGUCAAGCUAUUGUUGCUGGCCAGUCCGUGAGCAGACUGGGCGGCAUCGCCCAACAGCAAAAGUUCCAGUCGUGGUGGCAAGAGAAGACGGUUGAACUCGAAGAUGAGUUGAACGAAAGCGAUAAAUUGAACUUGAUCCAGCAGUGGCUUCAUAAUUUGGUGGUUAGAUUGGCGUCUUCCUCGUACCCGACGGCCGUGGCCAGCAACAUUAGCCAACAAUGCCAAGUGGAUAGCAUCCAUUACGUACACAAUCUAUAUCGACGUUCCUGGGCUAUGCAGAUGAAGGAAUCUUCGGGAAAAGUCCCAAUCGGACUGUACGGAUCGGGUAAUUUUCACGCCGAUGGUUUGUUCGAUGAAUGCCUGGCCGUCCGCGGUCCCAAUUUCACCGGUCAGUACUGUACGGCCUAUUUCAAAGCGGCUCCAGUUACGGAAUCAGACAUCAUUUAUCAGGAUAUGUCAACCAAUCUCGAUGAUAACGAAGAUGUCGAACAACGGAGCGCUAAUUUAGUAACGUUGUUACAAUUGCUGGGCAUCCUGUCAUCUUCGGCCGGCCGUGUCGAACCCAAAAUUGCGCAGGCCGACGUACUCGCUUACGCUUUUCCUAGCAUCAGUUUCUGUUUACCAUCGUCUUGCAGCGCCGAUGACCUCGGUCACGCCGUGGCGGAGCUUGUGGGUAGUUACAUCAUCUCUAAUUACUCCCUCGUGACCGUGACGGACGAGGUCUACUGUUUCACAGAUCACGAAGAUCCGCCAUCUUUCGAUGGACCCGACAUUACCGUCAUUGUGGUACUGAGCUUGUUGGGAUUGUUGGUUGUCAUAGCAACCGCUCACGAUGCUUGGAGGAUGGUCCUGGACAAGCCGUUUGAUUCCAAGAAAGACGGCCAUGUUAUUAGUGUUUUACACUGUUUCUCAGCAUUGACCAAUGGGAGACGAUUGUUGUCGAUGAAAAGCAAGGCAUCACCAUCGAAUUUGGCCUGCGUUCACGGCAUACGAGUCCUAUCCACCUGUUGGGUGGUCAUAGGACAUUCGUGGAUCAUUGGUCCAGGUUCAUAUUCAAUGAAUCCGAGCAUGGUCACUGACGACGCGAUGACGUGGUGGUUCCAGGGCAUUUCGAACGCCACUGUUUCAGUUGACACCUUCUUACUGAUGGGCGGCCUGCUCGUCUCGUAUCUUUUGCUGGCCGAAUUGGAUCGCAAUAAGGGAAAAUUCAAUAUCGGUCUUUUCUAUCUCCAUCGAUAUCUCCGAUUGACGCCAGUGUACGCCAUUGUUCUCGGAUUCAUCGCUACAUUAAUCGUCUACACAGGGACUGGGCCCAAUUGGUACAACGUUCAACUAUCUGCUUACGGAUGUCGCAUCAACUGGUGGUGGCAUCUCCUCUACAUCAAUAAUCUCUUCCCAACCGACAUCAACGUCCAGUGCAUGGAACAGACGUGGUAUCUCGCCACGGACAUGCAGCUGUUCAUCCUCUCACCGUUGUUCAUCUACCUGUUGUGGCGUCGCAAAAAUAUUGGGCUGGCGUUACUUGGUUUCGUUUUUCUUGGCACGAUCGGUGCCAACUUCGCCAUCUUUGCUGUGUUCGAUUUGAUGCCUACCAUCAUGCCCACCCGAACAUUCGAUACGCUGGCGAUGGGAUUUGAUGCUGAUUAUUAUUACACUAAACCGUGGACUAGAGCCCCACCUUACAUCGUUGGAGUGUGGCUCGGAUGGUUCUUGUACGUGACCAAAGAAUCACAGAAACGCACGUCCAAGAUAAUAUUGGUGAUCUUUUGGACAUUAUCAUCGGCUAUUAUCCUGGCAGUCAUCUACGGAUUGGUUCCAUAUUUAGACGAGAAUGAAGUGCCUACCAUCAACCCGGCCAUCAGCUUGUUCUAUGGUUCGUUACACAGAACGGCCUGGGCUAUCGCCGUGGCCUGGAUCGUGUACGCUUGCACGCGCGGUUAUGGCGGGUUCGUCAAUCGGUUGCUGUCCUGGAAAGGAUUCCUACCUUUAAGUCGAUUGAGUUAUUGCGUUUUUCUCAUUCACUAUUCUUAUUUGGACGUGUUUUACGCCUCCAAUCGCAAGCUCGUUUACUACACAUUCCUCAGCCAAUUGACGACCUAUUUCGGCAUUUUGGCCACUGUCUUUGGGUUGGCUUUUGUCGUCUCCAUCACGGUGGAGGCUUCGUUCCUGAACGUGGAGAAACUUGUUUUCGCUCCCUUUCAACCACCUAAGCCGAGAGAAUCCGAAGUCCAACACUCGUCCAGACGCAUCGACUGGAAAAACAAAUCUUUUAAUAAAUACUAAAUUAGAAAUGAUCCAUAUACGUGUCCGUUAGUGAAUACAUAUGCCAUAGCCCAAAGAA